GCCCGGGUUCGUUCCGCCAUUGCUAUCUCAGAUCGACCACCUAUCCCUAACCCCCAGACCAUGAAAUAGCCGUCACCAAAUGGCCAAGCUCGACCAUGAUGUUGCGCGCCCGCCCAAAAAAUCCCCGGCGGGCGUGACCUCCGCGCCCAAGCCCAAGCCCAAGCCCGCCGCCGCCGCCGCCCCGAAACCAAAGGCCCCGACUCCGGCCCCGGCCCCUUCAAAGACGCCCACCCCUCCGAAGAACACAAAGCCCACCCUGGAGCCCAAAAAGUCCAAUGGCAUCGCUAAAGCCAAAUCCAGCUUCAACUCCAACUCCACCUCCAACAUAACUGGCUCCACCACGAGUACCCUCCUGGAGCCCGAGCGGAAUUUGUGGGAAGAGGCAUGGAUGUCUGUCGACGUGGGUGAUGACAAUCGGAAUCGCCUUUCCCAGAAGUGGCACAACAAGACUCUUAAUCGCAUGGGAAAGCUGCCCAAGGACUAUGUGGAGAGUGUGAUGGAAUUGACAAAAAGCAAACUGAGUGUAUACCAGGAGCGUUGGCCGUCAAAAAGCAGAGAGAUUGCCUACGAUCGAUCCGUCUCUAUUCUAAAGUCGGCGAUGGCAGUGAAGGCGCUGGGUGAUGUGGUUGUCAAGUUUGAUCCUACGGGCUAUGCAUCCAGUGCCUGGGCGGUGGUCUCUUUUGGCCUCACGCUCGUCCAGAAUACCCAGGAACGAAUGCAGCGGACUCUAGAAGCGUCCCAGUAUCUCGCUGUGCUACUGGCUCGAUACUCCCGAAUCGAGGCGCAUUAUCACCGGGUGCACCAGAAUAAUGCCGAGGAUCUGGGAAAUGCCAUCGUGAAGGUAUACAUUGGCGUGCUAAGAUAUUCUGCCAAGGUCAAGGAAGCAGCGACGUCCAAAAGACUGGAUCGAGUGGUCCAGAGCUUCAAAUCGCUCACGGAUGAGCCGCUCAAGGCGCUGAAAACUGCCAUUGAAAAUGACGAUCAGAUGGUGGACAAAUGGUAUCGACAGCUCAUGGCUGAGCAGCAGCAACUGAUGCUUGAGAGCCAAGAAGAGGAGAUACAACGAGUCAAAGAGGUUCAAGACAUGUUGAGUAAGGCGUCGCACAAUGCGUCACUCAUCAUCCAAGGCGUCGCAAAGAUUGAUACGGCACUUUCGUCGGAAAUAUUGACACAAUUGCUUGAAUGGCUGUUUCCUAAUGGAAAGGAUGCUCCUAGCGAAAGCAAGCAUAGGAGACUCAGGUCUGCUAUUGUGACCAAGCCAGGACCCCACACGGCCGGCAAGUGGUUGCUCGAGCGUCACGACUAUAGAGACUGGGUCGACCACCCGCAGUCUCUUCUUUGGCUCUAUGGCGAAUCUGGAUGUGGAAAAUCAUCGCUGUGCUCAACAAUCAUUGAACAACUAGACACAAUGAUCAAAAAAGAUCGAGAUAGGGUACUGCUACGCUGGUAUUUUCGCUUCGAUAAACCCGAUACAAUGAGCAUCGAUCUACUCUUGCGCUUUUUCCUACGGCAAUUGGGCAGUAGUCUUGGGGGUUUCCCCGAAGAAAUCUCCACGUCCUUGGAAGACGAUCGAAGGUUUGCCCGCUACCCUGACACCAAAGUUCUCAUCGAGUACCUGCACACCGUUCUUGCCGCAAUCGAGUUCCACAAAGACGUGUUCAUUGUCUUGGAUGGUCUGGAUGAGUUUCCAACCCAGUCAAAAGAUCAAAACCGACGCGACCUUCUCGAUCUCAUUCGGCGUCUGGGUGUGUCUGGCCUGUCAAAUCUUCACAUUCUGUUAGUCAGCAAAAACGAGGAAGACAUACGAGAAUGCCUCCGGGGUCGUCUCAAGGACAUUCUGGUCCAGAUCGAUGUAACAGAGGGACUGGAUAUCGAUAUACGCAACUACAUCAACACGAUUAUGAACCAGGGCGAGGGUAUAGGUGAUCUAGAUAAACCGCUCAAAUCGUCGAUUCGCGCGAGACUGACCCAAGGAGCUGGAAGCAAUUUUCUGUGGGCAACAUCUUUGGUACAGGAAUUACGCGAUUGUCGGAAAGAUCCAAACAAGAUAGAGGAGAAGCUCAACACCGUCCCCACCAGCAUGGUGGCCAUCUAUGAGAAGCAUUUGAGCUCUGUGAAGGAAGCCGAUGAAAGAUAUGUUAAACUAAUAUUUGUCUGGCUUCUGAGGCAGCUCCGGCCGCUCACCCAGGACGAGAUCGCCGCAGCAGUUGGGCUCCAUGAUGUCGAUGCUGUCUACGACAUUUGCACUGGCAGGUGGGUGACCCAGUCAACGCAGACGGUCACCAUUAACCGCCAGCAUCAAACUUCCGAAAAGGUGCUUCAGUUUACUCACUUUUCAGCGAAGGAGUACUUGGAGUCUCAGCUUCGAUUAAGCUCGCAGAGCUCGAUAUCGCGGUUCGUUUGCUCAGAAGAGGAAGCACACGUUACAAUCCUCCAACGCUGUCUGGAUAUCCUGAUUCAAUCCCGAGAAACGGACGAUACGACCGGGAAAACAUCCCUUGAUUCAAAAUUAACAAACUACGCAGCCGAGUACUGGUUCGAGCAUUAUCGGCAAUUGGAGAAGACACAGGGUCUCGCGGAGGAACGCUCUUUGGUUCAGCAGAGAGUAAUCCAGCUGUUUCAAUCACCAGAGAGCUUUGGGGCUUGGCUGGACUGCUUCGACCCCGAUCGCCAGUCUACACCAGUAGAAGAUCCCGGAAAAAAGAAGUCAAUCCAGAGAUGGCGCCGUGCAUCCCCUGUCUACUAUGCAAUUAAGCUGCGCCUCAAAACUAUUGCCGAGGACUUGCUCAAGGGUGAGCCGAAGGAUCUGAACUUACGGGGUGAAAAGGGAGAAACUGUUUUGCAACUUGCUGUGUACCAAGCGUAUAGGACCGUCACCAAGGCGUUGUUGAAACACAAUGUGGAUGUGAACGCCGAAAAGGGGCAACAUGGAACCGCACUGUAUGUUGCGGCUGCACGGGGCUAUGCUUCCAUAGCAGAGGUGUUGAUCAACGCCAAGGCUCGAGUUACAGGAACGGAGGACGGUACCUUGGGUAACCCACUUCAUGUUUCCGCAUACAGAGGCCAUGAUUCAGUGGUCAGUUUAUUAUUGGCGGGAAGGCAAAGCACCAGUAAGCAGUCCAGGGGAGUUCCAGUCGAUCACUUAGCCGGGUUCUUCGGGACGGCUCUCGUGGCAGCGUCAUCAGUAGGGAACGAAUCAACGGUCCAAAUGCUUCUUGAACGUGGCGCCGACCCCAAUUUCGUGGGCGGCAGGCUCGGGACGGCGCUGCAGGCUGCUUGGAAUGCACAGCCCCGUCCGAAGGGUGUCAUUGCUGUAUUGAAAGCCAGUGGCGCAAAGUACCAGCAAAAUGAGGACCAUCCCUGGACCACAGCCUACAGAAGAAUCGAAAAAGGCGACAAGGAUGCUAUUCGGACCUACCAGAAGUUGUUCCUCCCGCAGCAGACCAUCACGAAAGAGGUAUCGGAACGUCAAAAGCUGCUGGUGGCUGCGCUAGACAGAUGGAAGGGAUUGUCACGCCUCCGGACCUUGGAGGUCUGCCAGACCAGUCUUACAACAGCAUGCCACUGUGUGGCUCCCUUUGACGAACAGUUGGAAGCUAUCAAGAGACUGGUUUCUAGACUGACUGUGGACGACGAGGACUGGCGCAGCGAGGACUUGCUCUACAAAGCGUUGUUUUGGGCUGGCAUUAGUCAUAUCUUGGAGAAUCUGGGGCCGUUGGUCCUGAAAUGUAUGGACGGCGUUAUGAAUGAGUCGCAAUCUUUGAAGAAGCCCUCUUCUAAGGAGACAGCCCCGUUCCCUCACGCUCUCACCACCGGCCUGCCGAGAGAUAUAACCAAGGGGCUAAGCUCCGCUGCUCUCAGUGACAUGGUGGCUAUUGAUCUCGAACAGCAGCGAAAACAAACCAAUGAUAAGAAUACACAAGAGCGGGCGUCCGAAACCAAGCGUGCCGGGUUGACACCAGGCUAUCUGGCUGCAUCGGAUUUGAUGACCCUUGUGAAGAAUCUGAUUCGAUUCGGCAACAAAUGCACCCAAUACCACCGACUGGCGUCUCGCGAUGAGAUUGAAAUACCACAUUGGACCAAGGUCGCCAUCGAGGAUCUCACAUUCGAAUUAUUCGCAGCCGUGAUACGUCUUGCGACAAUCAAACAAUGGAAUCACGAGUCGACUGUGUUUCAACAAACCAUCAGGUCACUGACAACAGUGCGCAUACCACGUAUCAACGAUCUUGAUACAGCGUGCUGCAGAGAGUUGGCACUUGCUGGUACAUCCACGCACCGGCAAAGCAACCUUGAUAGGGAAGAUCAGUACUCAGAGGCUGCUAAUAAACUCCAAGAUGCGAUCCUCGGCCAGAUUGCCAAUGUCCAAGCAGGCAUAUCCGCCCAGCUUGAUGGAUUCCAGACCCGCCUGAUUGGCGAUAUCCAAUCGAGGUUAUCGGAGUUGAUCGGACAGGAAGUGUCUCGAGCGGUGAAGCAGAUACAGCCUGCCGAGGAAGUAGACGCCCCAGGGGCAGAAGCGGAGUAAUGAUGUUCUGAUAGCUGGAUAAUAUAGACAAUAAAGCAUAGGACGACACGGUUUACAUCUCAUGAUCAAGUGAAGUCAAAUCAGAUCAUAUUCUAUUAGCCUAAUAGAGCCUGCUAAG